GUAUUUUUAGUAAGGUUGUCCGCGACUAUCAUCCGUACCGAAGCUGCGUCGGCUGUAAAAGUGCAAGCGGGAGGAGCAACCAGGACAUAUUUCUAACAUAAAAAGGGUAAAAAUGGCUGUCAAUGUUUUUAACACUGGUGCCACAACAGAAAAUCUUAGUAGACAUGAAAUGAUGCAAUGGAUAAAUGAUAGCCUGACGACAAACUAUUCUAAAAUUGAGCAAAUGUGUUCUGGAGCUGCAUACUGUCAGUUCAUGGAUAUGCUUUUUGAAAAUUGUGUGCCUAUUAAAAAAGUCAAAUUCCAAGCGAAGUUAGAACACGAGUUUAUACAAAAUUGGAAAUUAUUACAGACUGGUUUUAAAAAAGUUGGUGUAGACAAGACUAUACCAGUGGACAAACUAAUAAAAGGAAAAUUCCAAGAUAAUUUUGAAUUCUGUCAGUGGUUUAAAAAGUUUUUUGAUGCAAAUUAUGCUGGACAUGAAUAUGACGCACUUGCCAUGCGUGGAGGUGUCAUGCCUAUUGCUGAUGGCCCAGGUGGUGGCUUGCAAAAACGUGGUACUCCUGCAAGUAGAACUACCAUAGCUCCAAAGUCAAGAGUGUCUGUUCCUCCACCUAAACGAACUGCUGCACCCAAAACAACUGGUGUAUCCAAACCUCAGUCUAAAUUACCAAGCGUUAGUCAGCAAGAAAUUGAUAGCCUUACUCUUGAACUGUCUGAUCUCAGGACAAAUGUUGAAGGUCUUGAAAAAGAGCGUGACUUUUAUUUUGGAAAAUUACGAGAUAUUGAAGUCGUUUGUCAGGAAGGUGAAGCUGCUAACACUGAACUAAGUGAAAAAGUCUUGCAUAUUUUAUACGCUACGGAGGAUGGAUUUGCUCCCCCUGAAGAGGGUGAAAAUGGCGAGGAAUUUGCUGGCGAGGUGGAGGAAUAUUAAAAAGUUUACAAAAUGUCAUGUUCUUUUAUGCUGGCAAAUGUCGUCAUCGACAUUGGAUGUUCAACUUUCUGGUAUAGCAAGAUCUGGUUCUUCUUACAGACUGAUAGUUCUUGAUAUAAGAGCUACUAAAAAGAUAAUUUGUUAAUUUUUAGAUAUCAAUUUCACAGUUUUAUAUUUAUUUCUAUGCGUAUAUUUUCUAACGGUGCUAAAAAAAUGUGCUAAUUACGUUGCCAGCUUCACCGUGUUUCUAAUUAAAAUAACAGAUUUAUGAAAAUUUUCAAAGUUACUUUCAUUUAAACGUGUUUUUUUUGUUAAAAGUUAUGUUUAUAAGAAAUUUUCAACUUCAAAAAAUUAUAUAAGUUAUUUGUUGCAUUAAUUUAUGCUAGCUCAAACCAGACAUUUAUUUACAACCUCGUUCCCAAUCUAUUCUAAAAAAGAAUCUGGGUUCGACGUUGUUGUCUAUGUAAAAGACUUGUAUGGUCGAUAAUUUUUAUUUAAGAUCUUGACAACGUUUUAUUUGAAUUGAUUCUCUUUAAUAA